AUGAUAAAGUUUUGUGCAAUUCUUCUUUUUAUUGUGAUACAAAGUCUUGCAGCACCAUACAAAUUAUCAAACGGUUGUGGUUAUGAUUCAUGUAACUUGGGUAAAUCUGAUAAACUUAAUGUUCAUAUUGUCGCUCAUACGCACGACGAUGUUGGUUGGUUAAAAACAGUCGAUCAAUAUUAUUAUGGAUCGCGUGGAGAAAUUACUCGAAAAGGUGUUCAAUAUAUUCUCGAUUCAGUUGUGCAGGCAUUAGUGGAUAAUUCCGAUCGUCGAUUUAUCUAUGUUGAAAUGGCUUUCUUUCGGCGUUGGUGGAAUCAACAAUCGGACGAUAUGCAUGAAAAAGUCAAGCGAUUAGUCAAUGAAGGUCGUUUGGAGUUUAUUUCGGGCGGUUGGUCGAUGAUUGAUGAAGCAACAACACAUUACAAUUCGAUUAUUGAUCAACAUAGUUUAGGUGCCGAAUUCUUGCAUGAUACAUUUGGUGAAUGUGCACGACCAAAAAUUGGUUGGCAAAUCGAUCCAUUUGGUCAUUCACGAGAAGUUGCUUCACUCUUUGCACAGAUGGGCUUUGAUGGUUAUUUUUUUGGACGUGCAGAUUAUCACGAUCUGAUAGAUCGUUCUGUGAAAAGGACCAGAGAAAUGGUAUGGCAAGCAAAUCCUAAUUUAGAUCGUCAAAGUUGGCUUUUCACGGGUAUUCUACCGCUUUAUUACCUUAGCCCGCCCUCAUUUUGUUUUGAUAUAACCUGUUCUGAUCAACCGAUAAUGGAUGAUAAAAAUUUGCAUGACUAUAAUGUACCUGAACGUGUUGAAACAUUCAUCGGAGCGGCAUUAGCUCAAGCUAAAGUCUACGCCACCAACCAUAUCAUCAUGACAAUGGGCGGUGAUUUUUUUGAUCAGAAUGCUCAUGAAGACUUCAAAAAUUUAGACAAAUUAAUUCAUUAUGUUAAUCUUCAGCAAGAGAAUGGUAGUGACAUUAACGUCUUUUAUUCAACACCAUCAUGCUAUUUAUAUGCCUUAAAUAAAGCAGAAAAAAAAUGGUCAACAAAAACUGAUGAUUUCUUUCCAUAUGCCAGUACUCCAUCUGUAUACUGGACAGGUUAUUAUACUUCAAGACCAGCAUUAAAACGUUAUGAGCGUUAUGCUAAUAAUAUUCUUCAAGUAACUCGUCAACUAAAUGGAUUUUCAAACUCAAAUCUACGGAACCUCAUUUUCGAUUUGAGUGAAGCAAUGGGACUUGCUCAACAUCAUGAUGCAGUUAGUGGAACAUCAAAGCAACAUGUAGCUAAUGAUUAUGCUCAACGACUCUCCGAUGGUAUCGAUCGAGCAAUAGAAGUGAUCAAUGAUGCCUAUGGAAAACUAUUGUCUAAAGAAAAUAGAACGAUACCAAUACCUAACCAAUUUCUCUGUCAUUAUUCCAAUAUUAGUGCAUGUCUUCCAAUUGAAGAACAAAAACAAUUCACAUUAACACUUUGGAAUCCAACUAUUCAUCCAGUAACAAUUUAUUAUCGUGUACCCGUGACUAGACAAUAUUUAAUUUAUGAUCCAAUAGGAAAUCUUGUUUCAGCAGAGUAUCUUAUAAUUCCAAACACAACGAAAAACAUUCCUGGUCGAAUGAGUUCUGCUCAAAAUCAAUAUCUAUUUCCAGCAUCAUUGCCAGCACUUGGCUACAGUACCUAUUAUUUUGAAGAAAAAGGCUAUUCUCAUGCUAAUAGUACUCCAUUUUCACCAGCAUCAGGUGCUUACAUAUUUCGACCGUUGUUUCCAGAGGCAUUACCAGUGAGUGUUACGCGUCACAUAAACUGUACGAAAACAGACACCGUACAAAGCGCCUUGAUUAUUUUCAAUGAAUGGACUAGUCAAGAAUUCAAUCUCUAUCGUAAUACAUCAGCAAUUGAAAUUGAAUGGAUAGUUGGACCGAUUCCAAUAGAUGAUAAUAUCGGUAAAGAGAUUAUUAUUCGUUACAAUACUGAUAUUAAUAGUGAAAAGAAAUAUUAUACUGAUGGUAAUGGACGUCAAGUUCUUGAACGUAUUCGUGAUUAUCGACCAACAUGGCAUUAUAUACCUGAUGAUCCCAUUAGUAGCAAUUAUUAUCCAAUUAAUAGUCGUAUUUGGAUUCGAGAUCAAGAUCGACAAUUAACUAUUCUUACUGAUCGAUCCCAAGGUGGAGGAAGUAUCUAUGAUGGAUCAAUUGAAAUAAUGGUUCAUCGUCGAAUAUUACACGAUGAUUCAAUGGGUGUUAAUGAAGCUUUAAAUGAAACUGCUUAUGACAAAGGUCUUGUUGUUUCUGGCAAACAUAUUCUUCUUUUUGAUCGACCAUCAGAUAGUGCUCGAUUACAUCGAACCUGUGCUCAACAAUUGUUUAUGCAUCCUCUGGCAACUUAUUCCUUACCAAAUACAUCGUCUUAUACGAAUUAUUCGGAUAUGUUUCGUCAAAGUUGGUCAGCUCUAUCAGAUGCAAUGCCAUUAAAUGUACAUUUACUAACAUUCGAUCAAUUAGCUCCCAAACAAUAUCUUGUGCGUGUCGAACAUUAUUUUGAAUUGAAUGAAGAUGAAUUAUAUUCAAAACCGGUAACCAUCGAUCUUCAAAUAUUGUUCAAAAGUAUUGGUACGAUAAAUGAGAUGACUGAAUUAAUAUUAACUGCUAAUUUACCAUUGUCCGAAUUGCAUCGACUCGACUGGAUGACAAAAGACGAAAAAUCGUCACAUAUUGAUAUGUUUCGUAAGUUACAUUGUCAUUGA